AUUUAAUGCUCUUUUGUCUUAUAUGCACAGUUGUACACCAAUCACCAGUAAGAUCGGUGGGAGGUGAAUGUUUGUCUGCAACAGAAUUUCAGAGAUCGUCUUCGUCUCAUGCGCAUUUUGUCUCCUCCCUCUUCCCUGUGUGUACGUGAAACAUGUGAGGUGGACUACACCAGGCGAGAAGAAUUCUGCAUUCAAAACCCUAAUUUCUCUUCUAGAUAUACAUAGAAUCCCCUGUUCUUCUCGAUUCUCAAGAAUUAGUGUCGAUUGAUGGCGACGACGAUUACGAAGAACGGGAGUCUUACUGAGGCUAAUAUAGAUGACGGUGAAAUCGGUGACACAGUGGUGAAGGAUGAGGUUGCUGUUGAUGACAAGAAACGGCGUCAUCCUAUUGUUUGUGGUCUACUUGCUGGUGAUAAUCACAAACGGCGCCGUGCUGUUGAUGAUCGGGACCGAUAUCUUGCUUGUCGUGCACCUUCUUCUUUGCGCUCUCCUCAUACUCUGCUUCUCAAUCACGAAAAAGUAGACGAAAUUAAUUUUAUUUCUCCAUGCUAUAAUGCUGUACGUAGCAGUAGCACAGCGGGAUUGUUGGCUGAAAAGAAAGAGAAUCAGGAUAUAAAAGAGGAACGAACUGAUUUGAUGGACGAUAAAGGAAUUGAAGAACAAAAUAGGGUUUCUGAACCUGAAGCAGAGGCAAAACAGGGUCUUCAAAUGAAGAAGAAGAGAGGUAGGAAAAGAGGUUGGAAAAAGCACAAUGGAAACACUGGGGCUGCGAUUAAAUCUGAAAAAAGUUCUUCCACGGUUAGAAAACAGGAAGCUAUUAACGGAAAUGAAGAACAAAAUAGGGUUUCUGAACCUGAAGCAGAGGAGAAACAGGGUGUUCAGAUGAAGAAGAAGAGUGGUAGGAAAAGAGGUUGGAAAAAGCACAAUGGGAACACUGGGGCCGCGAUUAAAUCUGAAAAAAGUCCUUCCACAGAUAGAAAACAUGAAGCUAUUAAAGGAAAUGAAGAACAAAAUAGGGUUUCUGAACCUGAAGCAGAGGAGAAACAGGGUGUUCAGAUGAAGAAGAAGAGAGGUAGAAAAAGAGGUUGGAAAAAGCACAAUGGAAACACUGGGGCUACGAUUCAAUCUGAAAAAAGUCCUUCCAGAGAUAGAAAACAUGAAGCUUCCAACUCCAGCAUGAAGGAUGGUUUCAAGCUGAAUAAUUAUGCCAAGAACAUGGUUCUCAAUGAAAAUGGAAAUCUAGUUCAUGUACUACAAGGGAAAUCAAACAUGUGUCAUCAGUGUCAAAGGAACGACAAGGGACGAGUUGUUCAGUGUCAGAAAUGCACUACAAAGCGUUACUGUGUUCCUUGCAUGACAACAUGGUACCCUAACAUGACAGAGGAGAUGUUUGCUGAGUGUUGCCCUGUUUGCUGUGACAAUUGCAACUGUAAACAUUGUUUGCGUGAUGUGCACCCUAAAGUGAAAAAGAAGAUUGAUUUCAAACCUAAUGAUGAUCAGAAAGUUCGAUAUUCUAUUUAUAUCCUACAUGUGCUUUAUCCAUUCUUGAAACGCAUCAAUGAGGAGCAGAUAAAGGAGAAAGCAAUAGAGUCUAAAAUUCAAGGGUCUUCUUUAUCAGAGGUACGGUUGAAGAAGGUAAAGUGCUUUGUGGAUGAACGCGUCCGCUGCGACUGCUGUAAAACUUCGAUUUUUGACUUGCAUAGAAGCUGCCCUUCUUGUCAUUAUGACCUCUGCCUUCAAUGUUGCUGGGAAUUGCGAGAUGGCAACCUUCAAGGAAACAAGGAAGAAGUUAUUUUUGAAUUUAAUGAUCCAGGUCCUGAUUACUUACAUGGGGGGAAGCGCCUUAAAGUAAAGAAGGCUGCUGAAGAUCCUGCACCAAAGGAAAAGCAAACUCAUGAAUGGAAGUCUCUGGAUGAUGGCAGAAUCCCUUGUCCACCAGAAACCAUGGGUGGUUGUGGUCAUGGGAUUUUAGAGUUGAUGCACAUAAAACCACUUGACAGUGUUCCAAAAUUGCUAGAGAAAGCACAGAAGUUCUUAAAGAUGUACAAACUUGAGGAAGAUAUGAGUGAUAUUCCUAAGAAAUGGUGCACAUGUUCUUCAGAUGGUGGUGGUCAGCAGUUACGAAAAGCUGCAUCUCGUGAAAUUUCCAAUGACAACUACUUGUAUUGUCCACGUGCAAUAGACAUUAAAACUGGAGAUUUGAAGCAUUUUCAGUGGCAUUGGUCAAAAGGGGAGCCAGUAAUAGUGAGUAAUGUUCUUGAAACUACACUUGGGCUGAGCUGGGAACCCAUGGUCAUGUGGCGUGCUUUUCGCCAGAUUACAAAUCUCAACCAUGAUAGGCUCUUGGAUGUGACUGCUGUUAACUGUUUGGAUUGGUGUGAGGUUGAUAUUAGUGUUCAUCAGUUUUUUAUUGGGUAUUUGGAGGGUAAAUAUGACAUAGAAGGUUGGCCUUAUAUCCUAAAGUUGAAAGCCUGGCCCAUAUCAAAUUUAUUUGAAGAACGGUUACCACGUCAUGGUGUUGAGUUCAUCACUUCCUUGCCCUUCAAAGAAUAUACACAUCCUCGUGAUGGAUACCUUAAUCUUGCAGUCAAGUUGCCUGAAAAUUCUUUGAAGCCAGACGUUGGCCCUAAAACCUAUAUAGCUUAUGGUGUUGCUCAAGAAUUGGGGCGUGGAGACUCUGUAACUAAACUUCAUUGUGAUGAUUCUGAUGUGGUGAAUUUGUUGACUCAUACUGCAAGUGUGACCCCCAACCCCGAACAACUUAAAGAGAUUGAUAAAUUGAAACAACAGCAUAGGGCUCAGGAUGAGAUGGAACUUUUUGGACUGGUAGGGAAGACUCAACUUGAUGUUGAUAACAUGAAAGAUGUUACUUUCCAAAAAGGGACACUAGGUACUUGUGUGGAUGGAUCUGAUCUAGGAGAUGGAGGUGCUUUGUGGGACAUCUUUAGGAGGGAAGAUACUCCUAAACUCCAGGAAUAUCUCAAAAAACACUUUACAGAGUUUCGGGAUGUCUAUUGUUGUCCAGUGCAGAAGGUUAUCCACCCACUUCAUGACCAAACAUUUUACUUAACAAUGGAGCAUAAAAGGAAGCUCAAGGAAGAGUUUGGAAUUGAACCAUGGAGCUUUGUCCAAAAGCUUGGAGAUGCUGUCUUUAUACCUGCUGGUUGCGCCCACCAAGUUAGAAAUUUAAAGUCAUGUAUAAAAGUGGCACUGGACUUUGUUUCUCCUGAAAAUGUUGGUGAAUGCAUUCGGUUGACAGAUGAUUUCCGCCUUCUUCCCCAAAAUCAUAGGGCUAAAGAAGAUAAGUUGGGGGUGAAGAAAAUUGCAGUUCAUGCAGUGGAGGCAGCUGUGAAGGACUUGGAAAAUUUUGUUCCCAAAGUUCCAAUCACCGAAAAUCUCCAAACCUCACAAAAUAGUGAAAAGGGUGCAAGAGGUGAAGAAGUGGGAGUAGAUAUUGAUCAUGACACAGCAAGUGAAGAAGGGGACAAUUCUGAACACUCCAACCAAGAAUCUAAGGUAGCACAUUCUUCACUGUCUAUUGAUGAAUUUGUUGCACAACUUCGUGCAAUUAGGGUUACUAGAGACAGAGAAGUUGAACUCAUGGGAAAAAAAGUUGAAAUCAUGGAAAAAAGACUCGAUUUGAAGCUAAAAAGGGAAGAAAUGAAGGCUAAGAAGUUGCAUCACAUGCAUCUUAAUACACUGUUGUUGAAAGACCACUUGUCGCCUGAAGAUGAAGACAUUAAGUGCCAUUUAUGGGCAAUGUUGUAUGGGAAGCUAUUGUAGUUUAUUUUAAUAUCUUUUGCUGUUUUACAAGAAACAUGUCUAUGAUUCCUACUUUUGUCUAUUACUAUGGGAUUGUGACAUACACACAAAUAGAAGUACAUGUGUCAUGAGGUCCUCAAAGGACCACCUAUACAAUGGGAACACUAAUACCUGAAGCAAAUAUAACAUAAAGUUUGUAUGUA